UAUAAUCUAGAAAUUCGUCGCGAGCCAAUCGGCAUCGGAAAAUUCAUAGUUUCCGUUCUCGCCGCUAGCGCCCGAGUACUUCCGGUACGGUACGCCAAAUUUGUAUGCCCAUCUGAGUCUCAAUGACGCCUCCGUAUGUUGCUAGUUCCUCUGCGUGCUGCAUUUGCUGACACAGUGCCGCUACGAUCACUACAUAACAGAAGUAAAAGUAAUUCGCGCACAUAAGAUUAUACAUGCAACGCUUCGAACUGUUUUUAUAAUUGAUAUCACGACCGUGGACUCUGUGUUCUUGGAGUUUGCUCGCGCGUGAGGCGUUCCACUCUUGGCAAACCUCGUUUACCGCGUUCGUUCGUCGGCUUCCCGCGCGACAAAAGCAACCGCUGCCGGGUCGCGUCGAGGUGCCAGAGCUGCGUUCUCGUGCUGCAAACACGAAAGCGUUUCAAGUCAGAUAUCUGCCUUAAUAAUUUUAAGAUUUUACAACUAAACAUUUAAUUUGCUGUUUCCAGCAAAAUAUCACUUUAAAAGUUAGAAAGUAAGAAAAUGGUCAUGGAGGCAUCUCCUUCUCCACAGAGUGUAGGUCGUGAAUUUGUCCGACAAUAUUACACUUUGCUGAAUCAAGCUCCUGCCCAUCUUCAUAGGUUCUACAAUCAACAUUCUUCCUUUGUGCAUGGCGGAUUGGAUUCCAAUCGAGAAUGUAUUCCGGCAAUUGGUCAAAAACAGAUACAUCAGAAAAUUCAACAACUGAACUUUCGCGAUUGUCACGCCAAAAUAAGUCAAGUCGAUUCUCAGCUCACUCUCGAAAAUGGAGUUGUUGUCCAGGUAUCCGGAGAAUUGUCCAACGCCGGGCAACCAAUGCGUCGGUUCACGCAAACCUUCGUGUUGGCGGUGCAAGCACCUAAAACUUACUAUGUGCACAACGAUAUCUUCCGCUACCAAGACUUGAUAUUCCCCGAGGAGGAUGAGGCUGAUGUGAGCGGCGGAGACGUUGGUGAAAGCGGCGAAAGAGAGGUUGAGGAAAUUGGUCGAUCCGAACCUGAAGAAGAUGAACAUCAGACUCAGGCGCAACAGUUAUCGGCUCCCGCUCAAGCGGCUGAGCAGCAAGCUCAACCGUCUCUCAUUCCGGCACAGCAGCCUCCGCUUCAGCAACAACAGCCGAUGUAUUACGCUGCACCUCCACAGCCACAUGUUCAUCCGGUAAUGCAGCAAGUUCUGAAUGGAACAGUGCACGAAGAGGUGAUCAAUCAGCAGCCACCCCAGCAGCAACAACAACCACCACCACCUCCUCCUGCUCAGCAGCAUCCGUACAUAACUGAACCAACUACACAGACCCAAUUUGUGCAGGAGGCAGAAUUGAGCAAUGGUGAGCAGCAGCAGCAGCAAAACCAACAAAUUGAAAGUGAACCGCAGACUCAGACGGAGGAAAGGAAUGACCAGCCUGAAGCAGAAGCGUUUACUGCGUCUGCACAAGAGGUUGAACCCGAGCAUCAGGUUUCGAAUACUACUGUCAACAAUAGUGGACCCAAGACAUAUGCUAACUUAGUAAAGUCUUUCCCAAGCACUACCAGUGCUACUAGCCCUCAAGCUCCUAAACUGUCCAUGUCUCCGCCACCUAUGACGAAUUUACGCUUGGAUGACAGAUCGCCGUUGCAUCCUACAAAUAACGUACCGACUUCUAUAUCUGUUUCCAACAACGUAUCCGUGGUUCAACAACAGGCGCAUCGAGUGGGCGGAAAUCAACAGCCACCGCAACAACAACAUCCCCAGCAGCAACGUGGUCUGAGAGGAGGACUAGUACAAAGAGAUGGAGAACGUCGUGGUACAAGACCAGGACAAUACAGUGACGCUCAUCAACUUUUCCUGGGUAAUUUACCACACAACGCUUCCGAGAAUGAUUUGCGCCAAGUAUUCGAGCGUUAUGGUAGAGUCGCUGAAUUGCGCGUGCACAGUAAAUCAAAUGACAGAUGCAAGGGUCCUCAAGGCGGAAACAACACUGCGCGAGUGCCUAAUUAUGGAUUUAUCACGUUCGAAGAUCAACAAGUUGUGACAAAAGUGUUGAACUCUUUGCCUAUCUAUUAUCCUGAUGAAAGUGGACAAAAGUUGAAUGUGGAGGAAAAGAAGGUGAGGCCUAGGAUGAUGGACGGAAGCGGCGGAAGAUUGAAUUCUGGCGAUGGCGGUAUGCGUUCCAUGGGCGGCCAGCAGCAGCAGCAACAACAACAGCAACGUGGACCAGGCGGACCCGGAGGCGUAAUGAGAGGUGGACAACACGGCGCGCGAGGUGGUCGUGGAGGGUUUUCACGGGGUGGCGAUGGCGGUAGGGGCGGCGGUGGCAUGCGACAACCGGGCAAUCCAAGCAAUGCCGGUUACCAGAACCGUCGCUAAUACCGGCAACAGUCGCAACAACCUCCUAAUUUCCUCUCUAUUGAGUAAAAGUCACAUCAGUACCAUCAUGCAUCUGCCAUCUUCAUUUCGAGAAAUGGAAUCCAAGACUAUUUCGUAUGCCGCACGAUCUUAUCACCGGCGCCACCCUCAUACGCUUAAACGUCGCUUGCAACAAUGUUCGACAAGCAACAACAACAGCCGAUACUAGAUGACGUAGCUCAAAAAAGGAGUCGUACGAAACACGAUCUCGAACAUCAGAAGACACGAUUUCUGACGUCAAAAUCUCAGAUGAGGGUUACGUUCUUUUUGCGUGAGACCUCGAGCUCAGUGGUAUGUGUUGUAAGUUUAAAGAGCCGAUCAUCAUCGGUUCGAGUUCGUCCUUCGUACAUCGACAAUCGGGCAAUUCCGCAGGACUUGGCGACGCCAAACAUACAAAUGGAGCGCAAACGUAGACACGUGCAGCCGUGCAACAAGUCCAAAGGAAGUUUAACGGAGAACGUUCUCGGAGUGUGGGAAAUUUAAAUAAACGGGAAGAGGCGACGGGACGUGAUCUGAAAUCGGGAAAUAGUGUCGGAACUCUUUUUUUGUGAGGUUUUAGAAUAUUGCGCGGCAUUUGUCAUUUUGCGCGUUUUCUUCUCACCGAAUUGCAAGACAAAACAACAGCAAAACAAAGUUCGCUGCACGCAUCAUGUAUCUACGGGGCAAUCAAAUGAGAUUGCAUCGGAAAAAAUGGCAACGGAGUGUCGCUGUGGCGUAGUCUUGUACGCUUUCGAGUCGACUCGACAACCGUCAACGAAAUCGUCCCGUUGCCGCAGGCGAAGAAUUUGUAUAGAUAACGCAGAACGAAUUCCGUUAUACGAAAAUUCCGACUACACAAAAUCCUAAAGUUGUAUCCCGGUUGCACGCGGCAAAAAAAGGAAAAAGAAAAGCUUAAUUUCUUUUUUCCUACACGUUCUAUUUUCUAUUCUUGUUGCCGAUCAUCGAUCGACCGGUAUCGAUCGCAAAGAGGACGAUGCUUCUAGACUGCAGCAGCUGGUCUCGCCAUUUUCCCGCAAUGCUGGCUUCGUCUUGUUGCAGUCCAGAACUUUUUAUUCAAGCCUAUCUUUUUCCUGUCUCUCCCUUUUCCUUCCACUCUUUUCCCGGUUUUCUUCUAGGAACAACUAUUUCUCCCAAUAUCUUUCUACGCUACGAUUCUGUUCCCUUUUAUAGAAUCUUUCUAUUCUAGCAUCUACCUCCCUUUCCUUCACAUAUAUACUUAUUAUUACUUUUGUUUAAGUAAAAUUAGUAAGAAUCGCGCACGAGCAUGAUCUGACGUUGUAUCGCUAAAUUUUCGAUCGCGAUGUAGCAUUUCGGCCAGGGUCAAGUUUUCUAGUUUAUCGCAGAAUUGCGAUGCGCCGAACAUUGAACGAACUGCAAUCAGCAAAAAAUAUAUUCGACACAGCGAAGAAAAACUAUAUAUAGUUUACGCACAAUAGCUUUUUCUUAACUCAACCAUUUAUUAAAAUCCUCCGCGAGUUUAUCAUCGAUAAUAAUUAGAAUAUAUCGUAUUUCGAGAAAGAUACUAUUUAUACAAUUGCAUAUAUAUUCGUUUAAUUGAAUUAUGGGAUUUUUGCUUAAUUACAUCGCAAUUUCUAUUAGAGCACUUUAUUGUACUGUGAAUUUUCAGAAAAAAAUAUACAAAAUGCAAUAUUGAACCUAAUUGUAAAGUCAGAAAUAUUGUCGAUGAAAAUAGUGUGUAGUUUAUAUAGAUUUAUAUCUAUGUAAAAUCGUCACACAUUUUAUGCUACUGUUGUUAUAGAAGUCGCAAUUGUUAUUAUGUGUAAAAGUCUCAUAAUUCAAUUAGAUGAAUACAUACACAAUUGUACAAGCAGCAUCUUCCUUGGAAUACAUGUUUUAAUUUUUCUUUAGCUAAUAUAAUCUAUUCAUAUUUCUCGAUGCAAUACGUUUAUAUACGUUAAAUUAUUUAGAAUACGAAGCAAAGUGCGCGAGAUUUCUAGUCAGCAACAGUUUAUAUGCAGUAUGCGAAAGGAAUUCUGCGAUUAUUAGUGACUGGGCAAUGCCUCUAUUCUGGCCUAUCAGCUUCACUACCUCUACGAAACUAACGUAUGAUUUUUAAAGUCGAAAAUAUCGAGCAAUCGGAAUCGUGAGAAAAUCGAGGCGAUACAACAAUGUAUAUGUAAAAGAUCGACGCGUCGGAAGAUGAGGAAUAGAACAGCGUUGCAAUCAAUAACUAAAUUUAUGAUGUCGACAAAAAGCAUGUCGUGAGAGAAAGUGAGAAUUUGUGUCUGUGCGCAUGUGUGUGUGAGAGAGAGAGAGAAAGAAAGAAAGAAAGAAAGUUUGUCAGCUUGCAUUUCGUCGAGAUUAUCAUGGAGAUUUUUAACGUUGAUCAUGCACGAACGUGAUUCCACAACCGCAGUAGUUUGUAAUCGAAAAUAAAAAGAAAAUGCGUUGCGAUACCUCGUGUCUGGGACAUGACCGCGUUCCCGCAAUUCCUCGGCGCGCCUGCCCGGGGUCCUAUCCUAAUCCGUUUAAUCCCAUACAGCGCAGAACUAUCGACAAAAAUCUGGAAAUACGUUUCCGCAUUACUAAUCUAACUUAGAAAGGAUUUGGAUGGAUCGAAUCUUCAUUAUGUUUUCUAUGUAGCAUUUAAUAUCUAGAAUGGAAUAUACGUAGAUAUAAGUUUAAAAUUGAAACUCAUUACAUAUUCAACGAGGACGCACGAGGAAAAGAUGCUUGGCGGCAAUUUUUAUUCUUUUUUUUUUGUUUUUGUUUUUGCUAAUUAUCGAGAAUAGUAACAUUGCCGCAAUAUUGCGACAAUGUUCUGUGCUGUAUGGGAUGUUACAUUUUUUUAACAUGCAACCUCUCUAGUGAGUAAUAUUCAUCACGUAGUACGCGCGAUAUUGAUGUUUCGUUUAACAGAGCCCGGGACGGCGACGACAACGAUGACGACACGGCUGUUCUGAUCCAGACGCGAACAAAGAGAUAGGUUCCGCGUGGAUACACUUCUGCGGUUUGCUAUUUUCGAUAAUUAGCGAAAACAAAAAAAGAACAAAAUUGCCGCCAAGUGUCCUUUCCUCUUUCAUGCAUCCUCAUUGGAUAUGUAACACGUUUUAAUUUUAAACCUAUUUCUAUAUUCCGUUAUAGAUAUUAAACGCUAUAGAAAACAUAAUGAAGAUUGAAUCCAUCAAAUCCUUUGUAAGAUAUUUAGUAACGCAGAAACGUAUUUCCGGAAUUUUGUCGAUAGUUAUCACGUAAUUGGCACUUUAGUAUUGUUAUAAAGAAAAGAAAAAUUUAUUAUUAAAUCUAAAACAAAAAUACAGGAUGUGAAGCACUUUAUCACUUCUUUCUUCCUUGCGGCAAAAAAAAUAUAUUGCGUGUGUUUUAUGCGAUUCUGAAAGAGGAUCUCGAAAUGCAGAGGAAUAGAUUUUUUCGUAUCGCUUUCAUUUUCAAAGAUAUGAUAAACGCUUAUCAUAUGUGAUUAGCAAUUCAUUAUACCUAUAUAGAAUUCUUACAAGAAUUAAGGUAUAGCAUAACACACAAAAAAUAUUAAUUUAAAUAAUACAUCUUUUACAUAUUGUGUGUUUGUACAUCAAUUAUAAUUAGCUUUUAUUUCAAAUGUCAUUAAAAUGUGAAUUUAAUUAAAAUAUUAAGAACCAUCCUUUUUUCGAGAUCAUCCUAUUCCGUAGCCUAUACAUCUUCGAAAAUAAAAAAAUAAGAUAUUUAUAACAUUUACACAUAUGACAUCUUCUUAUGAAACCAUAUAAAAACAUACCAAAUGGAACACGUUGCUACCGCACACGUUGUUACCUUGCUAUAAACUCGUUUAGUAUUUUGACUGAAGUUACACCCGUAAUUCCUUGGAAAUCAUGGACAUUAGCGGAUAUAAUUUAGAUUAAGAGAGAGAAGAGAAUCUUACUUUUCGCUUAUUCAUAAUAUGAGCGGUAAAUACAAAUGCAAAUUAAAACGGAAAGUAAAAUGAUAUAUGAUAUGCUUCCUGUGCCAA